ACAGACUUCAUGAACCAGAAGUUCAGUUGAACAUGUAUUUCGAGAACGAUGGAGAGCCUAUAACUUUCUGUGAGAAUAGUUUUGUGAAGCAUCGUUCCAGUAGUACUAAGCAGUUCCUGGAAACUGCUGUUAAUCUUCAACUAUUUAAACAGUUUAUUGAUGGUCGGCUAUCAAAAUUAAAUGCAGGAAGAGGAUUCUCUGAUGCUUUUGAAGAAGAAAUCACAGCAGGAGGCUUUUGUGGAGGAAAUUCGAGAUCUUAUCAGCAGUGGAUGCAUACAGUGAAGAAAGGUGGUGCACUGAUCAACACAGCAAUGACCAAAGCCACUCCAGCUGUGAAAACAGCAUAUAAAUUCGCAAAAAAUCAGGCAAGGCAAGGAAUAAAAGAAGUGAAGAAUAAGUUAAAACACAAGGAGAGCGAGGAAGAGUAUGGAACUUGCAGUGCUGGUGCAGUACAGACUGUUCCUGUCUACACGUUGCAUUAUGAGAAAAGAGCAAACUCAGAAAAACGAAGACUGGCACAGACUCGUUUUAACCAGCAUCUCAGUAACCAGGAUUUUGCAUUGGAUGAAGAUGAUGACGAUGAAAUGGAGAGAACAAGCAAGUUAUCAUCAGAAGACAGUGAAGAAGCUUCUGCUUGCUUUUAUGAUAGUGAUGAUUCUGGUGAAACUGGAAUAACUCCUCAGCAGCAAGGAGAAAUGGACUUGCUUGGGGAGAUUUUGGACACGCUGAGCACACACAGUUCAGAUCAAGGAAAGCUUUCAGGAGCAAAGAGCCUGGAUUUCUUUAGGUCGAUGGAUGACAUUGAUUACAAGACUGCGAACAAGUCAAAUGCACCUAGUGAGAGCAACCUUACCCUGCUCUGCAGUAGUGCUAAUGACCAAGCAGAGUGGAACCUCGGUCAGGAUGACAGUGUCCUCCACGGGAAGCAGCUCCCUCCGUCACCAAGGAAGCAAGUUUCUUCUGGUGGCCAUAGAGAAUCUCUCUCAAGGCUGGAAGAAGAAAAUAGUGACAAAACCUUUAUUACUGACAAGAUGGACACCACUAGUAUGACAUCCCUAUCUCCAAUACAAUCAAGUGCCCAGUUUGCUUCUCUAGAAAGUUUCAAAACAGGCUGUUCUUCCUAUGAGAAUGCAAAGCGGAAUGAAACACUAAGCAAUACCUCAGAAGAUCAGCUCUCAGCAAGUCUUGCUCAGCAUCCAUCCAUUCUGGUCCCUUGGGAGAAAGAUGGGAAGGAGGGCAAUGAAAGUCCAGAAGAGGGUGGGCUUCUUCAAGAAGUAGUGUCGUUAUGUAAACUGAGUUCUGCUUUUCACUAUGGUUUAAAUAUUUCAAAGGAUAGCUUAUCCAGCAGUAGCAGUGGAAAUAAAACAUAAGAAAACUAUGAGAAGAGAAACUUGACUCCCAUCAGAAGUUAAAGGGAGACUACUCAGGACUCCAUAAAACUCCAUAUAACAUGAUAACCAAAAGAUUAAAAA